AUGGUGCCGCCACCCGGGAGUACUACUUCCAAUGACGGGCUAACGAUCCAAGAGGCAUCGGAGGCAGGUGCGCAGUCGGCUGGAAGGUCGCCGACCGCAAGAGAGCACAGUGAGAGACCUGUCGCGUCGUGGAGCUCUGAGGGAACCUUCACGACAGGUGAGGUAUCUCCCGGCGGGGGCGCCACCCUGCAGCAGGGGUACGACAAGCUCCUCGACGCACAUCGCUUCUUGCAGAUGUAUCACCAGCGGGAAAACCAUCUGGUGGAAGAAAACGCGCAACGCAACAAGGUCACCGAGGCUGAGGCCAAGCUCGAGCGCGCGAUCUUGGCCGUCCAACGUCUUCGUAUCUCCGGCCAGGAGGCCGCAUUCGACGCCGACCGGCUGAUGCAGUUCCUCAACCGAGGUGGGGCUGCUACUCGCGGUCGUUGGCCUAGGCUGGUGCGCCUGCUUCGGCAUUUCCAACGGGGGUCCAUUCCUCCCGCACACUGGGUCACCAACAUCACCGUCGAGGCUGCCGACCGUCCGUUCAGGAUGAUCCCGCCCUAUCCGGGCCCAGUUGACCCGGACGUCGAGGACGAUGACGACAACUACCAGGCAGGCGAUGGCAACGGAGGCCAGGAUGGGGAUCGUGAAGAGAAGUCGGAGGACAAUCCACCCACUCCUCCCCGCUCGGACUUCCCCUGCGGAUGGGUCUCCGUCCAAGUCCAAGCGGCGUACGUCCAGGGGAUCACGUUCGGGGUCAUGUCCACGUGGUAUGGCCGAGCUUUCCAGCAAGGGUGGGCCGGUACGGACUUCAAGCGUCUGAUUUCCGACUGUGCUGCAUCCCUGCCGGAGUUCGUCUCUUGGUCGGAUGCCCGGCUGGAUGCCCAGUUUGUCAUGCGGAUGGAAAAUGGGUACGAAGAGACCUUGGACAUCCCCCGUCAGGACCGUCCGGCCCACCAGUAUUUCCCCAAGCCUUGGUUGCUGGAGAUGCUAGUCAAGAUGAUGUAUCAUGGCACCCUGGACGACACUCUCUGGACGCGUCAUGCCCCCGAGACCUUCUACAAGAUGGCCGAGGAGUUUCCGCCACUACGCAACCUGGCCGAGGACGCUGCUGCCGAGAUGGAAAUCGUCGAAGUCGACGACUCCAGUGAAAGCGAUGACUCCAGUGACUCCGACUACGAGGGCAAGGCCAAGGCAUCUUCAUCUGGGAAGAGCGCGGAUGGGCCCUCCAAGGCGGAGUCCGUCGAGGAAAGCAGCUCUUCGAGCAGCAGCGAGGAAGAGGAACAGCCGGCCAAGCGCAAGCCUAAGCGGAACCGCGUCGAGUCAUCCUCGGACAGCUCAUCUGAGGACGAGCUCCAAUCAUCUUCUUCGUCACAGCGUCGGCCUCCCCGGUUGUCGUCCCAGAAAACACCCCAGUCCCCUCGGUCCAAGUUUGCGUUGAAAGACAAGCCCGAUCGGACAUCGUCCAAGAAAAAUCCGAAGAAACGCAGUCGUACGUCGAAAACCAAACGGGAGGGCGGCAAGUCGCCCCUGGCUCUGAAGUCCUAUGAGGACCUGACUGCCGAAGAGUUGGCGAUCAUCGAGGUCCCGUCCGGAGAUAUUGUCUCGUGGCGUAGUCGCGGCAUUGGCUCUCGGUUUGCUCCCAAGAAGGGUGGUAUCGAAGGGCAGACCCCGGGCUUCCCGAACUACGCGCCCCAUCAACCCGAGACCAAGUUCUUGGCCAGGCGUUGGCCCUCAGUCGAAGAUGAGUAUGCGGCCCUGGUCGCGAAGGAACCCUGGCUGGAGAUGUUCAACAAGCGGGUCAAGGUCCUGUACUUCCACCGCCGGGGCCACCUAUCCCUACCUGUGAUCCACAUUCUGGACCAACAUGUGGAGUACAUGAAGGAUCACCUUCCAGCCUUCUGGCACAUCCUGUACUGGUUCAUGAUGAAGACCAAGCCUGAAGACGACGAGAAGUGUGACGACCUCACGAUCUACGAACGGGCUCAAGACCUCCACCGCAAGCGCCAGGCGUUCCACGACGGGGUUGCGCGGACCUUCGAGGCCGGAAUCAAGCGUCUGAUCAAGGCCGGCAUGCCGAAAACGAUGGUCUGGGAGCCUGGAUUCUGGUUGUACCCGUGCAAGAUCUGCUACAUGUACCUGGUCGACGAGUCAACCAAGAAGGUCGAUGGCACGCGUUACACCCUGGCUGACCAGAUCGCGAGGGCCGAACUCGAAGACCCCGGCCGGACUCAGUGGAGUACCUGCACGGAUGACGAGCGUCUGGUGCACGUCCCAGCCAAUAUCGUUGACAAGAAGCUGCUCCAUGAGCACGAGCGCGUCGACAACUGGGUCGCGACCAAGUUCCAGUGA